AUGGAGCCAUUGCUGCUUCUGUGCCCCCUGUCAUCCUGGGGGCCAGUGCAGAAGGACUGCACCCUGAGCACUGGCAGCUCGGUGUCUGGGCAACUUCAGGCUCUUGGGUACACCCAGGACAUCAGCACGCAGCUCCGCAGCUGCCUUGUACCCGACACGCUGAGCUUCAAGGUGUGUGGUGUUGCUGCCUACGGGCAUCGAGCUCCCCAGGUGGGAGCGUGGACCGCUCUGAACCUGAGCUUCCUGCCAUGGACAGUGAGAGCUGAGCCCUCCCUGGGCUGUGCUGUCACCCACUGGGAUGAGCCACAGUGCCUUCUUGCAGAGCUGGCUGACUGCGACCCCUCAUCAGGGGCCUCGCCCCGCUCCCAGCUGAGCACCGUCACCCCAGAGGACCUGGGGCUUCUGGAGGAAGGGCUGGCCAGCCCUGAGCCCUUAAGUCUGGAGGAGGUCUCGGAGAGGUAUGAGUCCAGCUGUCCGGCAUCCACUGCUUCCAUCCCGGAACAGGACACCCCCAAGCGCUGGAAGCAGCUGGAGCAAUGGGUGGCUGACCUGCAGGCCGAGGUGGCGUCCCUGCGGGGACACAAAGCCCGCUGUGAGCGUGCCACGCUGCUGCUGCUGCGGGAGCUUCUGCAGGUGCGGGCUGGCCUGCAGCUGCAGGACUCAGAGCUCAAGAAGCUGCAGCAGGAGGUGCAGCAGGUGGCUCAGGCCCCCGAGAAGGAGGCCCUCCAGUUCCCCGGCCUGCAGAGCCAGAACCAGAUGCAGGCUCUGGACAAGAGGCUGGUGGAGGUCCGGGAGGCCCUGACCCAGAUCAGGAGGAAGCAGGCACUCCAGGACUCUGAGCGGAAGGGCGCCGAGCAGGAGGCCAGCCUCAGGUUGGCUGAGCUGACCGGGAAACUGAAGCAGGAGGAAAGGAACCGAGGGGUAGCCUGUGGAGCCCUGCAGAAGAGCCAGGAGGAGGCCAGCCAGAGGGUGGACCAGGAAGUGGCCAGGAUGCAGGCCCAGAUGACCAAGCUAGGGGAGGAGAUGAGCCUCCGCUUCCUCAAGAGGGAAGCCAAGCUAUGUGGCUUCCUGCAGAAGAGCUUCCUGGCCCUUGAGAAGAGGAUGAAGACCUCAGAGAGUGCGCGGCUGAGGGCAGAGAGCAGCCUGCGGGAGGAGCUGGAGAGCCGGUGGCAGCAGCUCCAGGAGCUGGAUGCAGAGCGUGUGCAGGCCCUGCGGGGACAGUGCCAGGUGAGUGGUGGGGCGGGCACGGGCCGGGCCUGGGCUGGGAGCUGGGGUGGGUCUCAGGCUGCCUCUGCAUGGCAGCAGGAAGAAUGCCACCUCCUGGAACAGUGCCGGGGCCUGGACAAGGCAGUGAUCCAGCUGACCAAGUUCGUGCAGCAGAACCAGGUGUCCCUGAACCGUGUCCUGCUGGCCGAGCAGAAGGCCUGGGAAGCCAAAGGGCACUUGGAGGACAGCAGGGCCGGGGAGCUGGCUACCUACCUGCAGGAGAGCCUGGAGGCCAUGCAGCUGGCCGGCGAGCUGGCCCAGCAGGAGACACACAGCGCCCUGGAACUGCUCCGAGAGAAGAGCCAGGCCCUGGAGGUGUCUGUGGCUGAGCUGGUCAAGCAGGUGAAGGACAUGAGUGACCACUUCCUGGCCUUGAGCUGGAAGCUGGACCUGCAGGAGCAGACGCUGAGCAUGCGGCUUCACAAGGCACAGAAUGAGUGGGAAGUCGCAGAGAAGAGAUCUCGGGAAAGCCUGGCCCGGAGUCGAGAGGAGGCUGAGGCACACCUGCGAGAGGUGCAGGAGAAAGUGGACAGCCUGCCCCGGCAGAUAGAGGCUGUUUCCGACAAGUGUGUCCUUCACAAGAGUGACUCCGACCUCAAGAUCUCCACCGAGACCAAAGCCAGAAAGUUCGAGGUUGAGGCCAUCCGGCAAGAGCUGGCCUCUCUGCUGUCCUCUGUGCAGCUGCUCAGAGGGGGCAACCCCGGGCGGAAGAUCGCCGAGAUCCAGGGCAAGCUGGCCACGUUUCAGAACCAAAUAAUGAAAUUGGAAAACAGCAUCCAGGAUAAUAAGACCAUCCAGAACCUCAAGUUUAAUACAGAAACCAAGCUGCGCAUGGAGGAGAUGGCCACACUGCGGGAGAGCGUGAUGCGCCUGUGGAGUGAGGAGGGCCCCUGGGCCCUGACGCUGGGCAGCAAGAGGGUCCUCAUGUCCCUGGUGAGGCAGCAGUUCUUCAUCAAGGACGUGGGCCCUGGAGAGGUGGUCCCAGUGAACUGCUGGGGCAUGUAUCAGGCCGUGAGGUGGCUGCAGUGGAAGGCGGUCCUCAUGAACCUGGUGGCCCGGCGGAGGCCCAGAGUGGUCUUGGAGAAACCCCUCGGCCAGAAGCCUGCCCACCGGCUUUUAUCCCUACCCCUUUCCCCAAAAUAA